AACGGCUCGGACCCGCGCAGCCUCGUGCUGCAGCUCUGCGACCUGCUGUCGGGGCUGCGCGUGCACGGCGUCGUCUUCGAGGACGACUCGCGCGCGCCCGCCGUCGCGCCCAUCCUCGACUUCCUGUCGGCGCAGACCUCGCUGCCCAUCGUGGCCGUGCACGGCGGCGCCGCGCUCGUGCUCACGCCCAAGGAGAAGGGCUCCACCUUCCUGCAGCUGGGCUCCUCCACAGAGCAGCAGCUUCGGGUCAUCUUUGAGGUGCUGGAGGAGUACGACUGGACGUCCUUUGUAGCCGUGACCACGCGUGCCCCCGGCCACCGGGCCUUCCUGUCCUACAUCGAGGUGCUGACCGAUGGCAGCCUGGUGGGCUGGGAGCACCGUGGGGCGCUGACGCUGGACCCUGGGGCAGGCGAGGCCGUGCUGGGCGCCCAGCUCCGCAGCGUCAGCGCACAGAUCCGCCUGCUCUUCUGCGCCCGGGAGGAGGCCGAACCCGUGUUCCGGGCAGCCGAGGAGGCUGGCCUCACUGGGCCUGGCUACGUCUGGUUCAUAGUGGGGCCCCAGCUGGCUGGAGGCGGGGGCUCGGGCGCCCCUGGGGAGCCCCUUCUUCUGCCAGGAGGCGCCCCACUGCCUGCCGGGCUGUUUGCAGUGCGCUCGGCUGGCUGGCGGGAUGACCUGGCCCGGCGUGUGGCCGCUGGCGUGGCCGUAGUGGCCCGGGGUGCGCAGGCCCUGCUGCGUGACUAUGGCUUCCUGCCGGAGCUCGGCCAUGACUGUCGCGCCCAGAACCGCACCCACCGAGGGGAAAGUCUACAUAGGUACUUCAUGAAUAUUACCUGGGAUAACCGGGAUUACUCCUUCAAUGAGGAUGGCUUCCUGGUGAACCCCUCCCUGGUGGUCAUCUCUCUCACCAGAGACAGGACGUGGGAGGUGGUGGGCAGCUGGGAACAGCAGACCCUCCACCUCAAGUACCCGCUGUGGUCCCGCUACGGCCGCUUCCUGCAGCCUGUGGAUGACACACAGCACCUCACGGUGGCCACGCUGGAGGAGAGACCCUUUGUCAUCGUGGAGCCCGCAGACCCCAUCAGCGGCACCUGCAUCCGAGACUCCGUCCCCUGCCGGAGCCAGCUCAACCACACCCACAGCCCUCCGCCGGACGCCCCCCGCCCAGAAAAGCGGUGCUGCAAGGGCUUCUGCAUCGACAUUCUGAAGCGGCUGGCGCAGACCAUCGGCUUCAGCUACGACCUCUACCUGGUCACCAACGGCAAGCACGGGAAGAAGAUCGACGGCGUCUGGAACGGCAUGAUCGGGGAGGUGUUCUACCAGCGCGCGGACAUGGCCAUCGGCUCCCUCACCAUCAACGAGGAGCGGUCCGAGAUCGUGGACUUCUCCGUCCCCUUCGUGGAGACGGGCAUCAGCGUCAUGGUGGCGCGCAGCAAUGGCACCGUGUCCCCCUCAGCCUUCCUUGAACCCUACAGCCCCGCCGUGUGGGUGAUGAUGUUCGUCAUGUGCCUCACUGUGGUCGCCGUCACUGUUUUCAUCUUCGAGUACCUCAGUCCCGUCGGCUACAACCGCAGCCUGGCCACGGGCAAACGCCCUGGAGGCUCAACCUUCACCAUUGGGAAAUCCAUCUGGCUGCUCUGGGCCCUGGUGUUCAAUAACUCGGUGCCCGUGGAGAACCCCCGGGGGACCACCAGCAAAAUCAUGGUGCUGGUGUGGGCCUUCUUCGCCGUCAUCUUCCUCGCCAGCUACACAGCCAACCUGGCCGCCUUCAUGAUCCAGGAGGAGUACGUGGACACCGUGUCUGGGCUCAGUGACCGAAAGUUCCAGCGGCCCCAGGAGCAGUACCCGCCCCUGAAGUUCGGGACGGUGCCCAACGGGUCCACGGAGAAGAACAUCCGUAGCAACUACCCCGACAUGCAUAGCUACAUGGUGCGCUACAACCAGCCCCGCGUAGAGGAAGCGCUCACUCAGCUCAAGGCAGGGAAGCUGGACGCCUUCAUCUAUGACGCAGCUGUGCUCAACUACAUGGCCCGCAAGGAUGAGGGCUGCAAGCUCGUCACCAUCGGCUCCGGCAAGGUCUUUGCCACCACGGGCUACGGCAUCGCUCUGCACAAGGGCUCCCGCUGGAAGCGGCCCAUCGACCUGGCGCUGCUGCAGUUCCUGGGGGAUGAUGAGAUCGAGAUGCUGGAGCGGCUGUGGCUCUCCGGGAUCUGCCACAAUGACAAAAUCGAGGUGAUGAGCAGCAAGCUAGACAUCGACAACAUGGCGGGGGUCUUCUACAUGCUCCUGGUGGCCAUGGGCCUCUCCCUGCUGGUCUUCGCGUGGGAGCACCUGGUGUACUGGCGCCUGCGGCACUGCCUGGGGCCCACCCACCGCAUGGACUUCCUGCUGGCCUUCUCCAGGGGCAUGUACAGCUGCUGCAGCGCGGAGGCCGCCCCGCCGCCGGCCAAGCCC